AUGGCAUGGAAACUGUCCAAGGUCGAGACGCAGGAAGGAUCUCCUAGUGAGCCGCUCCUGGUUGAGAAUGAAAGCAUACAGUCCUCUCCGAGACGAAAUAACGUGAGGAAUGGGGCCCAUAUAGCCAUAUUGGUGGCAGUGAGCAUUGUAUCCUUCAGUAUAGGAUACUGGAUACAUGCAGCACCGCCUUGGGAAACCCGCGACGCAUGUCGGCAUCGUCGCCCGUCUGAUAUAGAAUGGACAUCUAAGCCUGCUGUAAUCCCUUGGUCCCCAUUGCGGUUGAAUGGAGCACUGUACGCACAGAAUAAGUUUCGUGGAGAGCCCAGUGCUCAGUUGGACAGCGAGUGGGAUCGGUUUACAACAAAUGGUGAGCCCUCCCCAAAACGACGUGAAAAGCACUUAAAAGUCUCCGCCAAUGACAGAGUGAAUAUAGCUUGGAUGGUAGAGACGGCAGUGGUACUGAAUAUCUCAAUGGACGAAGUUCGCCAGUCGUCGAACGAUGACUCCGUCGAAACACUCGUUCGGUUAGACCACGAGAAUGGGGAAGGUUAUAUGGGUUCGCUGGAGCUAUUUCACCAACUUCAUUGUCUAAAUAUUCUUCGGAAGUGGACUUAUCUGGACUACUAUCAACAUACAGAUCCUUUUUUCAUGAGUACAUCGAGCCACAGACGUGAACAUACAGACCACUGUAUCGACAUUAUCCGGCAGGUUUUGAUGUGCAAUGGUGACAUGGGCUUAAUCAUGUUUCAUUGGGUCCAAGGAAUGGCGGUCCCAACUCCGGACUUCAGCACCAUGCAUUCUUGUCGCGACCCUGAGGCCAUACUGCAAUGGGCCUUUGAGAGACAAGCUCCUAUAAACCAUCCGAUCGAGCGAAUUCCAGGACAGCAAAAUCUGAGUUCUUUGCCUUAAAUACCCGCG